UUUUUUUUUAUAAAUCAAUAAAGUCAUGACAGAGCACAAGAGCAAGAAACGCACUGCAGCAGAAAUGGAGGACACUCCGGUGAAGGCUCUAAAGAAAAGAAGGAAAAGGGAAAGGACGAGCCUAGAUCAAGCCUGACAAUUCUGAAAUGAAGGAGAAGGAGGAGAAGGAGAAGAAGAAGAAGAAGGAGAAGAGAAGGAGAAGGAGAAGAAGAAGGAAAACAAGGAAAACAAGGAAAACAAGGAAAACAAGGAAAAGAAAAAAAGAAGGAAAAGAAGGAAAGGAAGAAAAGAAGGAGAAGAAGGAAAAGAAGGACAAUAAGGAAGAAAACAAAGCAAAGGAAUCAUCGCCUUCUGCUUCUGUCUCUACCUCUACUUCUACUUCUAUUUCUGUGCCAGAAUCAGAAGUAUCUGUCGGACAAAAACGCUGGAACGAUUGGAGCCAAGCUGAUUUGGGUGAUGAAAAGCAAACAAACAAAUUCUUGCGUCUUCUCGACUACAAAACAGGUGGUGGAUUGUUCGGAUCAUUGGGCUCAUUUGCUAAUUCGAGCCAACAUACCAAUGCGGACUCUGCAAUCGAUAGUAUGGUAGGCCGACAAGUGAAUAGGGAUCUAGAAAAACAAUUCCGAGAAGGUCUCAAGAUCCGACAGCAGAUGAAGAAGGGCAAGAGUGUAGGCCUUGGUUUUGGAUAUUAAGGAAAUCAAACAAGGCAUCAAUAACGGUU